UUGACACAAGCCACAGGGUGAGCAUGUUUCUACAAGUAGAUUUGAAAUGCCCAAAAGGGAGGGAGGAGAGGGACGGAAUGAACUCCCAGCUAAAGGAUGCACUGAAUGAAUUCAUCAACAGAAAUUCUGCAGCCAUAGAACAAGCAAUGGAAAAUACAAGCAAUGCUAAAGAUGAGCCACUGAUCCAGGAUUUGGUAAACUACCUGUCAGAUUCCAAGGACAACCAGACCGUGUCCAUGGAAGACAGAUCCUCUGUUCAGCAAAGCCUCAACUGUGAGGCCAACCUGGAUCUAACCCAGCUUGGUCAUUUCAAGCCCCCUCUGCCUAAGAGCAAGUCUGAAGACACCCUAAACAAUGUUGGCCAUGUAUGUGGUUCUGAGAGCGACACCAGCUUGAAUGGGAAUUUGAGCUCUUCUACAUUCGAUAGACCUAGAGAUCAUCACAGUGACAAGGUUUCAUCUCUUCUUUCUGCCAGUGACAGCCAGUGUGAGCGCAGUGAAGAUCCACUUCAGCUUAAUUUUGCUUCUGAUGCCAGCAGGCAGUACAGUCACCCUCAAUCAGCCCAGUUUCCCAGUAUAGACAAUGACACGGGACAGUUUCAGAAUGUCCCACAAAUGUGCUCAAAUGGGUUCAUGGAUUCUUCAGUGUUGUCUUCUUCUUCUUUCACAACACCAGCCAGUUCCCAGAUGCCUCACAGCACCACUCAUAAUGGUCAUGGAUACAUCCUGAUGGAUGUUACUCUUACUUCAGUUAGUAACAUGGAUGCCGAUGGUAGUCAGGUAAAGCUGCCAGAAAAGAUGCAGAUGGAUGAACCUGAAGUUACGUUCCAACAUGCUGAGGUGCCCACGAAUGAUGAUCAAUACCAGUCUGCACAGAAUCAGACUUUAGACCAGCAUUUUCAGGCAUACAGUUCACAAAGUUUCAGUCUGUUGACAACUCUUGAUAAUGUUCAAGAUUCUGCUCAUAGCAGAUUUCUGAAUGGUUGUGAUUUUGAACAAAAUCUGAACACCACAGAAUCGAAUUCUUCUGCUAAUUCUAACGGAGCAUCUGUUGUUACUACUCAUGCUACCACCGCAUUUAAUCUAUGUGUAAACACACGUGAGUCUUCUCUCUCAGGUCAUGUAAACACAUGUGAAUCUUCCCUCUCAGGUCCUUUCACUAGUCAGAACUUUCAGAAAAGUAUGACUGAACUAACACCUUCAUCAGUACAAGAUUUAACAGCAGACUUCCAAGGGCAGACAAGCCCUGGUCAAGUUAAUUCUGUAAACUCGGACACAACAAACAGCACUCAGUAUUCAGACAGUACAGAAUUAUCUGCAUCACCAAGCCCAAAUGCUGCCUACUUUAAUCACACCUCAAACUACCUCAGUCCCUAUCAGAGCAGCCAAUAUCAAGAUUCUCCAACUCAUGGUCAUUCUUCACCAAACAUCGCUGAUGCCUUGAGGAUUUCGAUCAUGAAUUCUGCAUCACCUGUUGCAGGUUUAAGCCCAAACCAUCAGCUUUACCAGCACAGUAACUCGGGCUCACCUUCCUGCCAGCAACCACAAAGUUCUCAUCAGUCUUCUCCUGUUAACCAUGACAAGUACCAACAGAACAGCCCUGCAGGCUCGACACAUGCCAGUAGUGCCACAGUUGUUCAUUCUCUAGACCAACAUGUGAUGACUUACCAAGGUAACCCAGAAACAACUUCUCAUUUAAACUUGAUUCACCAGAAUCAGUCGGCUGAAAUAAUGGCACCAUAUGAGCCCAGCUCAUCAAUAGCCACCGUGGCCUCAGGGCAGUGUGGGGGGCAACAUACUGAAUCUCAUUUUGGAUCAUCCACUUUUGACCUUCCUUCUGCUUCCCAAAUGACAGAUCUCCACUUCGAUUCUCAGAUGUCUAUGAAAACCUUUCCUCAGCCAAUGCAAGUGCAGGAUUCAGAAUUUCUGAAUCACAGUUCUGCGGCCAUAGAAAAGACAAAGAUGAACACUGAAACAUCUAUGGACACAUCCUCUGAUCUCGGAGAACAUCCUGGUGGCAUCUCCCAUAGAAUCUCAUUUGAGGAGAUUCAUAUGUCAAUUAUCAAUGCUGGACAUAGACUAUCACAGGAAUUGUGUGGUACGAAUAUAGAACAGACUGUGUUUCGUAAGGCAACCCAUUCACUGAUUGAUGAAGUCAAGCCUACAGGCUGUUACUCAGAUGUGACAUCCUUCAGAGAUCUGCAGACCAUCCACAUGGAGGCAUCAAAGAUUGAUGGUACACUCUGCAGUAACGUCAGUUCUGAUGAUCCAAGACUACAGUCUGCAGUCAGCAUAUCAGAGUCAUCACCAAUGCAGUCUUCAGAAAAUGUGUCAUUUUCUGGUAGUUUUAACAACAAUUCAAAUACUACAUUCAUGCUGACCAACAGCUCUUCAUUUCCAAAUCUGAAUGCUGAUCAUCACUUGCUUGGUAACAUGCUCAACAGCAACCAGGCACCAGCUGAAUCUCAUCAGCUUCAACCAGAAAAUCUGAUAACUAACCAACCAAUUAUAACAGUUCCAAAUUUUCUUCAGAAUCCGGUUUCAGGUAACAGUGCUAACAGCCAGGAUCAUCAAAACCUGAUGCGUUCAAAGAAUUCAGCUGAGAAUCUUCAUCACUUUGUUGGGACUGCACCUUCAGCUACACAAUUUAAUUCUGGAACAGCUAUUUCUAGCUCAGAAAACCAGCUUUCUGGAACUUCUAUGGGGAACCACAGUGCCGCAGUAAAUUUACUCCAGUAUUUGUCAUCUCUUAGUCAGUCUGGAAGUGCUUGUGUCAAUAAGACCAUCAGGAAUGGUACCAAUCCUCAAUCUAGCCAAGAAGAUUCAACAGUGAGCAGGAAUUUGACAGAGACCACAGUUUGUGAUGCUGCACCAAAUUCUGAAACAUCUGUGCAAUCAGCAUCAUUUGUAAAAGCUAGUAUGACCUCAACUUAUUCAAACACCCUCAAAGAUCCUGGGGUUCUGGAAGCAGAUGCAGGCCAUGGAUCGAGUGGUAGCUUGAAUGGAAAGAUUUCUUUCGGUUUGUCAGCAGGACUUUCUAGUACCAAGGAAAAUGAUGACCCAGGAGCGGCUGAUGCGUCAAGUAACCAGCCCCACAUUGUAAUGUCUUUGGAGGACUUACAGCAGUUAAUUCUUGAGCAGAAAUCUCACUCUUCAUCUCCAGUUCUUCAUCAGUUGUCACAUGGUGCAGCCUCCUCUCCUCAGCCUCUGGUAUUACAAAAGCAUGCCUCACAUUCCUUGAGGCACACACAACCAAGGGUCAUGGUCAGAGGCAUGACCUUGCCCAAUGCAACCCGGGCCAUGAAUCCCCAUCAGCAGGUGCUGCAUUCAAGGGAUGGAACCCAGUAUUUGCCAGACAAAAUGCAGCAGUCUGAACAUAUUUCUGAGACAGAGACAACAUCCCGGAGACAUCCAGAGCUUGCUGUUACCUUUACAGAUCAAGAGCACCAGCAGAAGCUGGGUAGUCAUUCAUUUCACAUUCCUUUAGUCAGCCAGACAGACCAGCAACAAUCACAUCCACUGUCCAUGGAACAUUAUUCACAACCAAAACCCAUAGAACAACAGUCACAGCCAAAACCCAUAGAACAACAGUCACAGCCAAAACCCUUGGAACAACAGUCACAGCCAAAAACCAAUGAACAACAGACACAGUAUAAAAUCUCACAGCAGUUGAAGCAGACUGACUAUCAACAGCAACAGCAGUGGACCAUUAAUGGUUUCUUGAAGGAGAAUCAAAGUCCUAAUGAUAACAAUUCAGCACCACUGCAACAACAUCUAAUUCUUUCACAUGGUCAUCACCCAGCUCAGACUGACCAGAACUAUAUCCAUACUGACCAGUUCUUUAUCCAGUCUGAAUCCUCACAACACAUUCAUAAUGUUAUUCAGCCAGCACUGAAGCAGGAGGAACAGAAGCAGUUACCUAAACAAGAUAAGGAUCAGCAACUGGAUGGACACCAAAUGAGGUCAUUUUAUCUUCAGUUCAAAGAGCAUUUGCAGUCAGCGGAGCAGCCUGAAAGAAAUGACAGACCUUGCAAUGAGAGUCUGAAGAGUGAGUACAGACACCUUCACAGUCUUCUUGUCGGUGACACCCCUGCAGUAUUGAACCAGGCAGGCAACAUCAAUGCAAAGGAUCAACAAUCAUCAGAGGCUAAGAACUCUGACGUCGACAUGGACAGCACUAUUUUCCAGUCUGAACUAACACAGUCAACAAGUAUGCUCAAAGUUGAGGAUCCUAGCCCUAUAAACAGCGAAUCACAUGCAGCAGUGGAUGGUUCCUCCAACAGACAAACAUCUUUAUUGGCCCAAAUAUUAACCGAAAGAAAGAGAUGCCACUCUUCCUUGAGCGUCAGUUUGCACAGCCCAGCACACUCCGACUCUGAAGAUCCCAGUCCUCUGUCGUCACCAGCAUUUGACGACGGCAAUACUCAGUCAACAUUGAUUGAGCGUUCUGCAGGUCUGCAGAUAAAGUCAGACCACCAUCACAGUGGCAAUGAUGGUGAUGACGAUGAAAAUGCUAUCUUUGAUCUAAACGCUUUUCACAAACGCCCUUCGGCUGAUGAACUCCACUCCAGCAGAGAAAAUAAUGUGAAUGUUCCAAUGAAAAUUGCUAAACCGUCGGUGGAUGCUGAUGCUCACACUAGCAUUAACCCGCCCCCUUCUCCAGAUUCAAAAUUUGACUUCGGUGGGGCCGUCAGUUCGGCUUCUAAUUUUUCCUUUGCCUUUGGUAACAAGGAGGGGAAAAAACCAGGCAUGUUUACUUUUGGUUCUUCUGGCACAGCGCCGCCAACAAAUGAUUCACAGCCCAGUUGCUCAAAACCCUUAGCUAAAGCAGUUGCGAUGAGGUCUGCAGUCCCCACUCAGCCGGUCAGGCCCACAACUCGUAGACAGAAGGAGCACAGUCUGAAAGCCAGCUACCCGGGUAAAGUGGAUGGUGUGGAGUUAAAGAUUCUAGCUCAGCCGGAGCCUCAGCACCGAGCUCGCUACCAGACCGAGGGCAGCAGAGGAGCCAUAAAGGAUGAAAGCCAACAGGGAUAUCCAAUUAUAAAGCUUUGUGGAUACAGUCAAGCUACCAAGCUGCAGGUGUAUAUAGGAGAUGAGGGUGCCAAAGCCAAACCUCAUGGGUUCUAUCAGGCGUGUCGGGUCAGCGGGAAAAACUCCACCUCCUGUGUGGAGCAGGAGAUUGAAGGAACAGUGGUUCUUGAAGUAGACCUGUUGCCAGAGAAUAACAUGACGGUUAAGCUAGACUGUAUUGGCAUCUUAAAACUAAGGAAUGCUGACGUGGAAGGCAGAAUUGGGCCUAAACGAGCAAGAGACAAGAAAAAGACAAACACCCGUGCUCGUCUUGUGAUGAGAUGCAGCUUUGAGAAGUCUGAUGGGCGUCAGUAUUUUCUACAGGUGGCUUCAAACCCAAUAGUCUGCACGCAACCAGUUGGCCAGCCUGAGAUUUCCCGGAUGAGUCUAACAGAAUGCAAUGUGCAUGGAGGAGACAGCUUGUUCAUCAUUGGUAAGAACUUUAGAAACAAAGGCACCAGUGUUCUCUUCCAGACUGUGGACUCCACGGAUGAUUACGUUACCUGGCAGGCAGAAGCACAGAUUGAACAAGAGUACUUCCAGCCGACUCAUUUGAUCUGCAAGAUCCCUCCCUACAAAGACAAGUCUAUUAAGACACUGCAGGAAGCCCAGAUUGUGGUCAGCUGUGCGGGCAAGAUGAGUGACCCUCACAGUUUUAUAUAUAAACCCGUUUACCAUAUGGUAUCACCUGUGAAACAAGAAGUUCUUAUGGAGACUGACACAAGUGCAUCAGCAAGGACUUUGCCAUUUGUCUCCCCUGAAGCCUUACAUUUGAACCGCAUGGUCCAGCAAACGCAUGCUCAGUCUUCUGCCAACAGCUUGUUCCAGCUGCCUGCCAACACAUUCCCUGACAUGCAGACUAGAGCUGUCCAAUCACCCUCAGCAACCACUUUCAAAGGCUUCAGACCUGCUGUGCUUAGAAACCUCACUCCAAAUACUGCAGAGUCAUCAGACUUGGUGUCAGUUUUACCUCCGUCGCCUUCCUCAGUGUCAUUUGCAUCCGGGCCAUCCAAGAGCAGCCGAACAAGGCCAUUGUCAAAGCAGUCUUCUGUGUUUGGAGAGAAAUAUGAAUGUAAUGGGUUUGUGCAGAGGUCAUCGGGUCAGACUGUUUCAGGAGUCAUCACAAAUGGUGCUACAAAUAGUGCUACAAAUAACAGCAUGGGUAAUUUCUUCCACCCAUUGAUGUCUGUGGUCUCAGCUACUAGUGCAGGACCUACUGUUGGACACACAGACCUACUGUCCACUGGUGCAGGACCCACUGUUAGUCACAAGGACCUAGUUUCUACUGUGGCCACCUCAGUCCCAUCAUCGCCUUUCUUUCUGGUUGUUGAUCCUGCCAUGUUUCAGAGCACUGCUGGGGGUGAUAAGAUUCAGCAGUUAUUGUUGCAGAUUCUAGAAGCUCAGAGUAAACUGGUGAGUACUACCUCCUUGUUUUCAGUUUCAUAUUUCUUAAUUAAAUCAGUAGAUUUAUUACAUAGUUAG